AAAUUUAAUAUAAUUUUUCAAGCAUGUGGUGUGUAAAACUUAUUUAGAAAUAACGACAGCUUAUCUAAAAGUUGAUAUUUCCUAAAAUAUAGGACAUCAAGGCACAAUGCAAUUUUGUAUUCUAUCCCUCCCUAGAAAAAAAUAUAAUUAUAACAAUGCAUUGCAAUACUCAUUUCCAAGAUGGCGGACAAGCAGUGGUUCUGAACUUCAAAACAAAGUUUGAUGCACCAUGAAGAUUCUUACUUGGAAUAUUAACGGUCUUCGGGCAGUCACUCGAGAAAAAAAGCUGAAAGAUUUUCUCAACUCCUUGGAGGCUGACGUCAUGUGUUUCCAAGAAACUAAAAUCACACGCGAUAUGCUGGAAGAGGCUACUUGCAUGGCUGAUGGGUAUACUGCUUUCUUCAGUUUUUCUCGUGUGAAAUCAGGCUAUUCAGGGGUUGCUACAUUCUGCAAGGAUUCGACUACUCCGUUAGCAGCAGAGGAAGGUCUGACAUCCCAAUUAUCAGCUAGUCCUGACAUUGGUUUCUAUGGUGAUGAUGAGGAAUUUACCAGUGAUCAGCUAUCAAGGCUUGACAGUGAGGGUCGCACGAUCUUGACAGAGCAUACCCUAUCAAGUGGUGGAACAGUUGUAAUUAUUAACGUGUAUUGCCCUCGCGCUGACAUGGAAAAUGAGGAUCGGAUCCAAUUCAAGCUGGAGUUUCACAGACUGCUAUCAAAGAGGGUUAAGGCUCUUCUUAACUCAGGGAAACAUGUGAUUGUUCUUGGAGACAUCAAUGCUGCUCACAAACCAAUAGACCAUUGCAACCCUUGCAAAUAUGAGGAUUUCUCAAGUUUUCCUGGAAGAGCAUGGCUUGAUGAGCUCCUGGUGAGCCUCCCCCUUCCAGAGUUUGAUCACCCGCCCGCCAUCUCUGAUUCCAAUAAUUCUUCAUUUGCAUCAGAGGACAGCAACUCAUGUGACAGUUCUUGGAAAUGUGUGUCAGGGCUACUGAUCGAUUCAUUCAGGUACUUUCACCCUCUCCAGAGAGAGGCUUACACAAACUGGUCAACAUCUACAGGUGCAAGACAAACAAACUAUGGCACUAGGAUUGACUAUAUUCUUGUAGACCCUCCACUGCUUCAACAGGAGUUUGUUGAUUGUGUUAUCAGGCCUGAGGUAGAGGGAUCAGAUCAUUGCCCCGUGGUUUGUACACUAAAGAAUCGAUUCCUUGCCGCUAAUAAGACACCAUUAUUGUGUACGAAGUUCAUGCCAGAGUUUUCAGGUAAACAGCAAAAGUUGGUCUCAUUUUUUACAAAGAAAACUGAUAAUGCAUUUACUGUGCCUACUGAUCUGAACAACGAAAAAGUGAUAAGUGAAACUGAACUUUCUGCAUCAAACACUACUAAGAAGAGGGCACCUUCUAGUGGGUCCGCUGUCCCAAAUCCUAAACGUGCAAAAACUGAAAAGUCGACCAGGCAAAACACCCUACUAAACUUCUUUGGCUCUAAAAAUGUAACAAAGGCCAGUUCACCAAAGUGCAUUGUAGACAUUGUGACGGAUAAGCCCUCUGGUGAGGUCACCAGAGAAGACACAAAGUCAAACCAAAACAUGCUCCUAAAUCCUGAGCCAUAUUCAUCUGUUCAAGAAGAGCUUGUAAUAAAUGACAAUAAAAGGAACAGUGAGGUCUCAGCAUGGAAGAGCAUACUAAAAGGGCCGCCGCCCGCACCGCUAUGCCCAGGCCAUAAUGAGCCCUCGGUAUUGCGCACUGUUAAGAAAAAGGGUCCUAAUUAUGGCCGACAGUUUUACUGCUGCGCCAGGCCCGAGGGCCACGCCUCAAACAAAGAAGCGCGCUGUAAUUUUUUUAAAUGGAGGAAGUAACCAGAUCCUUAGCCAGGGGGGUGUGCACAUAGGAUGAGAUACUGAAUGUACCUUAGAGAAAACGUUCAACGAAAUUGAUAAAUAAAUAUGUAUAUACAUAUA